ACAAUAAACACCCAUUGUUUUCUCAUCUCGGCAUGCUGCCACCUUCUCAUAUAAAACCGGUAUAACAACCGCCAAGAAAGAGCCCUCUCCCACUUCCUGCCUCUCUCUCUCUCUCUCUCUCUCUCUCUCACUGCACACGAAGCGAAGCCAUGGGGGCGGGCACUACGGAGCUGAGCGCGGCGCCGCGCCACCACCCCGCCAACGUCUCCGGCGGCGCGGGCUGCCUGCCCUCCUCGUGUCCAACCGGCAGGCGCCGCGGAUCCGCCGUGGUCCGGAGCCUGCAGCUCGUGGUGCGCGACGUCAGCCCGGCCGCGGGCUGGUGCGGCCACCGCGCGUGGCGGAGGCUGCUCCGGCGUCUGGCGCAGGAGACCAGGUGCAUCUGCAGCUCGUCCCCGCCGGGCGCCUCCUCCAGGCCCAUCACGUUCGGCUACGACGCCGCCAGCUACGCCAAGAAUUUCGACGACGGGCGCCGCCCCGCCGCACACUACGGCGCCGCCCGCCCGGCCUCCGCCGUCGCCAAUGCCGCCGAUGAGUCGGCCAGCCGCUGACUCGAUCGCCUUCCUCUGCAUGCUCCCCCUCUCGCCCUGAUGCCCGUUUGAUCUCGAUCGGUCGUGUGGUUCUUGAAUGCUUAGCAAUGUGCAUUCCUUUUUUCUUCACCUUCUUUCUUUUUCGCUUUUGUUUCUCUCUCUUAUUUUGCACUCAGUUGUCGCUUACAUGGGCUUUGCAGGUUCAACAACGCACGGUACGUAAUUUUGUAAUUUGUACAUAGCCUGGAGAUAAUAUAAGCAGAGUUUUGUCGAAUUUACAUGUGUUUUAUUUGAAUGGCUCCAAUGCGAUUCUUUCUCAUCUCUUUUUUUUUGAAAGAUUUUCUCAUCUUUUAUAGGAUCCGAUCUGAUCGAGCUUAAACAAGCACUUGUACUCCCACCCCAUUGUGAUUAGAAUUGAAUUGUUAAAUAUGAAAACCAUGACUUGGCCUGUUUUUAGUUCAUGGCU